AUGUCAAGCCAAGCUCAGGAGCUCAGUAGCGAGACCAAGCCAGACCAUGUCGCAACUGCUCAACAGGCCGAUGACGAGCCGAAUUCGACGUCAAGUCCGGCAGAUGACGCAGGCGCCCAUUCAGCCUCAAGUUCUUUGCCGAUCAACCAAGAUGAUACCAUAGACGGCAAAGCUGAGGCGGAAGCUGCCGGCGAGAACAGUGACAAUCUAGUCGCUGAACGCUCGGACAGGGCAGAGCAAGACAAUGCCCAGGACGCCGAGGAAGACGCCAAUGAUGAAGAUGACGAUGACGACGGUGAAGAAGAUGACGAUGACGAAGACGAAGAAGAUGAUGAAGAUGAAGAUGAGGAGCCGUCGCUCAAACUCUCGAGGCUUACAUCACACCUAAACCCUGUCUACCGCAACGGUGACGCAACCAGCGCGUUUCUUGUCGCAGGCGAUAAGAUGAUAAUUGGCACACAUAAUGGCAAUAUUCACGUUCUUCAACUCCCCACCUUCCACCCGCUCCGAGUAUAUCACGCUCACUCUGCCUCGGUCACAUCUAUAUCGAUCUCGCCGUAUCCGCCACCGCUACCUUCUGAUCGAUUGUCUGUCCCCGUACCGUCUGCAAGCCUAGCAAGCCAGCCACGAUCGCAGGACGCUUCUCCAGCCGCUGCCUCCAAACGUUCUAGAGAGCCCAUGCAAAUACCAAAGACUCCAUCUAACGACAUACACAUAGCUACCUCUUCAAUGGAUGGCAAUGUCUGUGUGCAGUCUUUAACCGACAUGAAAGACGUCCAGCUACGAAAUUUCGGCCGGCCCGUCCAGAGCGUUGCCUUGUCGCCAGAAUUCAAAUCAGACCGUUCUUAUAUCUCUGGUGGCUUGGCUGGCCAGCUCAUUCUCACCUCAGGCGGUGGCCCAGGUCGCAGCACUUCGACAACGAUUGGAACAGCAGCCGCAACUGCAUCAGGCUGGCUUGGAAGCAUGGGCCUCGGGUCCAACACCGGCAAAGACGCGGUUUUACACUCGGGAGAGGGUACAAUCAACACUAUAAAAUGGUCUUUAUCAGGAAGAUACGUCGUUUGGCUCAACGAGCAAGGAAUCAAAAUCAUGCGCUCCAAGCUGCACCACGAAAACGCAGACAGUGACGACGCCUGGAAACGCAUCGGGCACAUCGACAGGCCACAGACCAACGAAUGGGAUACUAUGGCUAGCGUGUGGAAAGGCCGUGUUGAAUGGAUCGAUGAAAAGGCAGUUGAAAAUGAUGAGGCCGUCGAUUCGCAACAGGAAAGUGUGUCUGCGUCUGCAGCUGCAGGCAGACUCAAAGGCCAGUCCGAUAUACAAUCACCUGCGAUGGAGCGUCUACUCGUUGGUUGGGGGGCUAUGAUAUGGAUCAUUCAUGUUCAUCCCGACGGCUCUCCUGCGAGAAGCGGUGGAAACAAAGCAGUCGGUCGCGCCGAAAUUGCGAAAAUCUUGCGCAUUGACUGUCUUAUUUCUGGGAUUUCUCUCUACACUUCGAAUCUUCUUCUUGUUCUCGCGUUCUCCCCGUCCGAAGACGAUGAAGACGAAGAACAACGCACAGCAGCCGCCCAUAGCCAGCGCCAUUCGGGGUCCACGGACUCUGCAAAGAAUGAACCUUCUGGCGGCAUCAGGAAGCGUCAGAAGAACUUGCCGCCAGAGCUGCGUCUUAUUGAUCUUGUAUCGCAAGCUGAAGUUGAUAAAGAGGAACUAGUAGUGAGCCGCUAUGAGCGACUAUUUUCUGCCGACUAUCACCUCGGUGUCUUACCCGCUCGCAGCGCAGCAAGCGCGGUAGCAUCCAAGGGAGCUCUGGAGACGAUCGCCGGGCUCGGGAGUGAGAUGUGGAAUGCCGCGAUUAACCCUAGAGCUCUUUUCAGCUCGGGAGCCAGUAUUCGAAGCAGAGACAGCGGAGACGACUUUACUCCCGGCUCUAGAACAGCCAGUACCAGUGGAACAAUUCGAGGCGGGCCAACCAGGUCAGGGCCGCUUCCCGUUCAUCCCAGUCUUAGCAAGCCUGGCGCCAAGAUUUUUGUGCACAGUCCUUAUGACUGCAUACUGGCAACCAAAAGAGACUUGGGUGACCAUCUCGCCUGGUUGUUGGAGCAUGAUCAAUACAGUCAAGCUUGGGAGCUUCUAGAUGAAAACCCAGACAUAUUGGCAGACACAACGGGCGACUCAAACCCCUCUACGCGAGGCCCUGUGGAGGCGUUCGAGGAUGAAUCCAUCGCAGACUCCAUUGCCAGAAGCACUCAAAGUGCAGUGGGAAAGGAGAAGCAACGGAUAGGAGAGCUCUGGAUCAAAGAGCUAAUUGAUGAUGGACAAUGGGCUGAGGCAGCGGAGGUCUGCGGCAGGGUCCUGCAUUCCCCUGAUCGCUGGGAGAAGUGGGUGUGGACGUUUGCUGGAGCAAAGAAGUUUGACGAGAUCACAAACUACAUUCCUUCCGCUCCGAUGCACCCACCCAUACCAACCACAGUGUACGAGGUUGUCCUCGGCCAUUAUAUCCACCACGACAAACCUCGGUUCCGAGAUUUACUCGAUCUGUGGUCCCCGGAGCUGUUCGACAUCAAGACAGUUACAACAGCACUUGAGAACCAGCUCAAGUUUCGGGAUGUGCGUCAAGAUAGUAUUGACGACGGCGAAAAGGGCAGAGAUUGGGGCAUCGUCAUCCAAGGUCUUGCCCGACUGUAUGAAGCCGGAGGGCGUCAGCGCGAAGCUCUCAAGUGCUAUAUCAAGCUCCAAGACGCUGAUUCUGCGUUCCGUCUCAUCAGAGACAACCAUCUCGCAGAAGCAGUGGCGGAUGAUAUUCCAGGCUUCAUCGGCCUGCGUGUUCCUGCCGGCGGAGUGGACCGAAUGACGAAAAAAGACCUGGCCAAUGCGACUUUGGAUGCAAUCACAUUGCUUGUUGACGAGGCGCAGCACGGGCUAGUUGGUCCCAAGCAAGUUGUAGAGCAACUUCAAGCAAAGAAGUUUCGCUUGUAUCUCUUCUUUUACCUGCGUGGUCUAUGGCAUGGAGACGGGGUGAAGGAGCAUGCCGGAGAGAAUCGCGAUCACUUGGUCCUAGAAAGCCGGGCGUUGGUGGAUGACUUUGCCGAUCUGGUUGUCACGCUCUUCGCUACGUAUGAGAGAACGCUCUUGAUGGACUUUUUGAAAACUUCAACUGCAUACACAUUUGACAAGGCUGUGGAAGAAUGCGAGCAGUUUAAGUACUAUGAUGAGCUGGUAUAUCUGUACUCGAAAACAGGACAGAUGAAGCGCGCACUGUAUUUGAUCAUCGAUCGAUUACGCAAUGUGGAAAAAGCCAUUGAAUUUGUUAAAGAGCAGGAUGACCCGGAUCUGUGGAAUGACUUGCUUGAUUACAGUAUGGACAAACCAAGCUUCAUCCGAGCACUUCUCGAGCAAGUCGGCACAGCAAUCAACCCCAUCACGCUAGUGCGACGCAUUCCUGAAGGGCUCGAGAUAGAAGGUCUCAGAGAAGGUCUCACACACAUGAUGAAGGAGCAUGAGCUCCAGCACAGCAUCAGCUCCGGCGCAGCAACAGUCAUGCGCAGCGAGGUCGGACUGAAACAGAAAGAGCUGCGCGCGGGCCAGCGGCGCGGUGUCAGGUUUGAGACCGCCGCACUGCCGACCAAGGCGUCCAAGGCGGAGCAAAAGCCAGGGGCUAGUGAGACCAAGUCGGAGGCUGCGAAAGAAAACAAGGUGGCCAAGGGGUCUAAACCUGGCCAUUGCGUUGGUUGCGGCGAAGCAUUUACGGAAUAUGAGAUGGAAACUCUGGUGGGCUAUGCGUGCGGUCACGUCUACCACGUCAGCCAUCUGAUGGAGAUGCUGAAUCAUUCCAGCAAAGUGGAUAUCGACAUCGGCGGCGAUGGCCAGGACAGUGGCCGCUAUCUGGUGGGCGUCAAGGUUAUGAAGGCGAGAUUACUACGCGACAAGGUGCGGGGAGGCUGCCCCGUCUGCCAUCCAGCCAAAUGA